AUAACAGCAGGUGGCAGUAUGGGUUGUAAGUAGCAGUGCUACACACAGCAGAACUGAAAGCGGAUUUUGUGUAACGUUAUCUGCUUUUUUUAUAAAUGUAUUUUAUUACAUGACUGAAGAUACGUGCAAGGAAUAUGGCAGAUGACGUACUGUUUGAAUUCCUCCACAUGGAGAUUGUUGCUCACGUGUACAAGGAGCACGCGACCCGGGAGGACAUUGAUAAGGAGAGAGUGACGUGUGUCUCUACACUAGAGCUGAUGGGCUUCAGAGUUGGACAAGGACUGAUUGAACGAUUUACAAAAGACUGCCCCACAUUCAAAGAUGACUUGGACGUAAUGAAGUUCCUGUGUAAAGAUUUUUGGAGCACGAUCUUCAGAAAACAAAUCGACAACUUAAGGACCAACCAUCAGGGCACAUAUGUCUUACAGGAUAAUAAAUUUGCACUCCUAACUCAAUUGUCCAGUGGAAAGCAAUACCUUGAAGAAGCACCUAAAUACUUGGCCUUUUCCUGUGGGUUGAUUCGAGGAGCUCUAUCAAACCUGGGCUUGGAGAGCGUCGUCACUGCAGAGGUUUCUUUAAUGCCAUCAUGCAAAUUCCAAGUUGUAAUUCAGAAACUCUAGGAUGAACUAAAUGGGCUCUGAACAGCAAUAUUUCUUCAAUUAAAACGUUGAGAAUGUGAAUUACAUGCACCUAGAUUCUAAAUGUUUACAACAUUCUAUUUUGCAUAAUGCUGUUUGCAGUUCCAAGCAUUUCUGCGAAACAGAUCCCAUAAUCUUUAUAAUAUUUUUUUUUUAUUAUUAUUAUUUUCUCCAUAGCACAUAAAUUCAAAAUCUUGAACUGUUUGGAAAUAUUCUGAAUGUGGUAUUCUACCUCAGCUCCACUUAUUACAGACUUAAUUGCUGUCACGGAUAAUCAUGGAAACAUAUUUUCAUAAAUAUGACAUUUCGUAAACUUUUAACUUCAUUUAACAUGUUUUUGUCCACUUUUUGUAUACUCUUUCGGCUGGGUAAGACAUUUAAAAUGUUAAUGUUCAAAUGUAAGCUGCAUUCUUCUCUACAGCUUUAUUGUAAAAGUGAAUUAUGUUUGUAUAUUUGGGACAGUUAAUAUCUGUAGUUAUCUCAGCCCAAUUAACUAAAGCCAUAAUUUAGUGUUGACACUUAAUUUAUUGUUUGAAAACACACGCAAAUAAUAAACAUAUAUAUAAUCAUAUGGAGAAAAUGUAUGGAUUCUGAAAAAAAGCAGGUUUUGUUGUCAUUGUUUAAAAAUAUGUUUUAACUAGUCAACAUAAAAAAAAUAAAAAUUCUUGAUUUCACCAGAGGAGGGCAACCUUUGUCAUUAAGAUUCAUGACAUCCUGCGUAAAAGCAAAAAAAAAAAAUAUUCUAUCAUAAAACUUUGAUUUCAAUGAUCUUGUACAGUCUUCUAGCCCUUAAGUUAGUCUGAAAACUCUUUACAGCUGGUACGUUAGUCUAGUUAGGUACUCAAGCUUUUUGUUUAAAAGCAGGUAGAGUUUUCUGUGAACUGUGCUUGUUUGUUGUUGACUGCAUAAUUCUGGAAGAAUGUAUCAUCAUUAAAAUAAAUAUAUAUUUGUAAUACAUUAA